UGAUUUUAACGAUUUCACUACCAACCCUAACCCUAGAUCCUUGAACCAAUCUAGCAUAAAAACAAUCCGGGCGACACGAGAGGCAUAUAUGAUCCCCUAAUCCCCCAAACCUCUAACCCAGUUUCCACCGAUUUGCUUCGGCCGAGUUUGCCGACUUAUUGCCCCUUCGGCUCCAAUAAGUAUCCCCGGCCUUUGUUGGGUAGCAAUCGAUCUCUUCGACCUCUUACCCCCUACCUUCUUUUUCUCGUCUCGUGGCGUUCUUCCUUCUCGCCUUCCAGUCUUCCUCCCGUCAAACCGUUUCGGAUGUUUUUUUCCUCACAUCACCGCUCCUCGGCAACUGCUUCUUGCUUUAAUCAAUACCCAGGUCUUCGUGAGAAGAGAACUGUAGAAAGUUGGAAGGGAACUAUAUGAUGGCGGGCCUCAGGUCAAAUUUUCCCUUGCGUCUCCAGCAGAUAUUAUCUGCUGGGCGGCCUGUCUCCCCAGCACUCAAAUUGGAGUCUGAGCCCCCAGCAAAAGUCAAAGCAUUCAUUGAUCGAGUGAUUAAAAGUCCAUUACAUGAUAUAGCCAUACCCCUUUCAGGCUUUCGGUGGGAGUACAAUAAGGGAAACUUUCAUCAUUGGAGACCACUUUUUAUUCAUUUUGAUACUUAUUUCAAGACAUACAUUUCUUCUAGGAAGGAUCUUCUUCUUUCUGACGUUAGCUUUGAUGAAGACCCCUUUCCCAAACAAUCUGUUUUACAAAUCUUGAGAGUCAUGCAGAUAAUUUUGGAGAAUUGCCACAACAAGAGCUCAUUUAGUGGUUUAGAGCAUUUCAAUCUUCUACUUGCAUCGACUGAUCCAGACAUCAUCAUAGCCACGCUUGAAACUCUUUCCGCGUUGGUGAAGAUAAACCUUUCCAAGCUACAUGGUAGUGGGAAGUUGAUCAGCUGUGGCUCUUUGAACAGCCAUCUUCUCUCUAUGGCCCAAGGAUGGGGCAGCAAAGAGGAAGGCUUGGGUUUAUAUUCAUGCAUCGUGGCAAAUGAAGGAAACCAGCAAGAGGGCUUAAGCUUGUUUCCAUCAGAUGUGGAAAACGAACGUGAUGCAACACAGUGUCGACUGGGUUCAACCCUACAUUUUGAAUUUAGCACAUCUGUUCCCCUAAAUGCGGCAUUGACAAGUGAGAAGAGCAACAUGUCUAAACUCCAUGUAAUAAACCUUCCCGAUUUGCAUAUGCAGAAGGAGGACGAUCUAGUGAUAUUGAAGGACUGCAUUGAACAGUUCAAUGUGCCUCCUGAACAUCGGUUCUCAUUGCUGACAAGGAUCAGAUAUGCACGGGCAUUCCGCUCACCUAGAAUGUGUAGACUAUUUAGCAGGAUCUGUAUUCUUGCUUUCAUUGUCUUAGUGCAGUCCAAUGAUGCCCAUGAUGAACUUGUCUCUUUUUUUGCAAAUGAACCUGAAUAUACGAAUGAGUUGAUCCGACUUGUUCGGUCUGAAGAGUCUAUUCCAGCAACCAUAAGAGCACUUGCCAUGCUUGCCUUGGGUGCACAGCUUGCAGCAUAUGCAUCGUCUCAUGAAAGAGCCAGGAUAUUGAGUGGUUCAAGCAUUAUAUCUGCUGGAGGAAAUCGUAUGGUUCUGCUGAGCGUACUUCAGAAAGCCAUUGCUUCACUCAGUAAUCUUAGUGAUCCAUCAUCUCCAUUAUUUGUUGAUGCUCUCUUGCAGUUUUUUCUACUUCACGUGUUAUCUUCUUCAAGUUCAAGCAGUGCCCUUAGAGUAUCUGGAAUGGUUCCGCCACUCCUACCACUUGUAACAGAUAGUGAUCCUGCCCAUAUGCAUCUUGUGAGUUCGGCAGUGAAGACGCUUCAAAAGUUGAUGGAGUAUAGUAGCACUGCGGUAUCAAUAUUUAAAGAUAAUGGUGGUGUAGAACUAUUGUCUGAGAGGUUGCGAAUUGAAGUAGAUAAAAUUAUUGGUACGGUUGAUGAGAGUAGCAGUGCUAUGGUUAUUGGUGAUUCUUUUAGACAUGAUGAUGAUUACUUGUACUCUCAAAAGAGGCUUAUUAAAAUGUUACUUAAAGCAUUGGGUUCUGCUACUUACUCUCAAGGAAAUCCUGCAAGAUCCCAUAAUGCCAAUAAUAAUCCUUUGCCUGUUUCCUUAUCGCUAAUAUUUCGCCAUGUGAACAAAUUUGGAGGUGACAUAUAUUUUUCGGCUGUUACAGUUAUGAGUGAAAUCAUACACAAGGAUCCUACAUGCUUCCAUAUUCUGGAUGAAGCUGGUCUUCCUGAUUCUUUCUUGUCAUCGGUGGUUUCCGGGAUCUUGCCUACUUCCAAAGCACUUGUUUGUGUUCCCAGUGGACUUGGUGCCAUUUGUCUUAACAAUAAAGGACUUGAAGCAGUCAAAGAAACAACUGCUUUGCGGUUUCUGGUGGAUACAUUUACAAGCAGGAAAUAUUUAGUAGCUAUGAAUGAAGGUGUUGUUCUUUUAGCAAAUGCCGUGGAGGAGUUGUUACGGCAUGUAUCAUCACUUAGAAGUACUGGUGUUGAAAUUAUAAUUGAAGUCAUUACGAAACUUGCUUCUUUAGGUGAAGAUAAAUGUGCUGAUCCUUCUGAGGUGACAGAUGAGAAUACACCAAUGGAAACAGAUUCUGAAGAAAAAACAAAUGAAGGUCAUGAUUUGGUCAGUGCAAUGGAUUUUGCUGUUGAUGGUGUCAGUGAUGAGCAGUUCGGUCAGCUAUCUAUUUUUCAUGUGAUGGUACUUGUUCAUAGGACCAUGGAGAACUCUGAAACAUGUCGUUUAUUUGUGGAGAAGGGAGGGAUCGAAGCUCUUCUAAAACUUCUACUGCGGCCAAGCAUUACACAGUCACCUGAAGGCAUGCCUAUUGCAUUGCACAGCACUGUUGUUUUUAAGGGUUUCACUCAGCAUCAUUCAAUUCCUCUGGCACAAGCCUUUUGUUCCUCUCUUAGGGAACAUCUUAAGAGAGCUUUAAGCGGAUUUAAAUGCAUGGCUGGCUCAUGCUUAUUGUCUCGAGAAACUGCUGCUGACAGCGAGAUUUCUUCCUCUCUAUUUGUUGUUGAAUUUCUAUUGUUCCUAGCUGCUUCUAAAGAUAACCGGUGGAUAAGUACUUUGCUUACGGAAUUUGGAGAUUCAAACAAGGAUGUCUUGGAAGAUAUUGGGAAGCUCCACAGAGAAGUUCUUUGGCAGAUUGCAUUGCUUGAAGAUUCAAAUUUUGAUAACGAGUUUGAAAGCUCUUCUUCUUUAAAUGAUGUGCAGAGGACAGAUUCAAGCACGAAUGAAGCGGAUGAACAAAGGUUUAAUUCCUUCAGGCAGUAUUUAGAUCCAUUAUUAAGGAGGAGAGUUUCUGGUUGGAAUAUUGAAUCUCAAUUCUCUGAUCUUAUAAGCAUAUAUAGGGAUCUUGGGCGUGCUGCUGGUGGCUCACGAAGAAUUGGUUCAGAAAGCCACUUUGCUUCACGAUUUACUUCCAACAUGCAACCAUCUAUAGGAAACUCUACCGAUGCUAGUACCAGUGGCAAAAGUGAAGAUGAGAAGCAAAAGUCUUAUUAUUCUUCCUGUCGUGAUAUGAUGCGUUCACUUUCUUAUCAUGUGAACCUUCUAUUCAUGGAGUUGGGAAAAGCAAUGUUUCUCGUAUCUCGCCGCGAGAACAACCCUGGAGUUUUACCCUCUUCAGUCAUAUCUGUUGCCACUGCAAUCACCUCAAUCAUGCUGGAUCAUUUGAAUUUCAGUGGGUAUGUCAGCCCUUCCGAGUCUGAUGUUUCCAUAUCUACCAAAUGCCGAUAUCUGGGUAAGGUGAUCGACUUUGUUGAUGGAGUAAUAACUGACAGGCCAGAGUCCUGCAAUCCUAUCAUGGUUACUUGUCUGUAUACCUGUGGGGUUUUUCAGGCUAUCUUAACAACUUUUGAAGCAACUAGUCAAUUGCCCUUUACACUUAAUAGGAUGCCAGCUUCCCCAAUGGAGACUGAUCAUGCAAGCAUAAAACUAGAUAAGGAAGAAGCUGAUAAUACUUGGAUUUAUGGGCCAUUGUCAAGCUACUGUGUGCUGAUGGAUCAUCUUGUGACAUCAUCUUUCAUUUUGUCUUCCUCUACAAAGCAGUUACUCGAUCAACCUUUGGCAAGUGGUAGUAUCCCAUAUCCACAGGAUGCUGAAUCAUUUGUAAAAGUGCUACAGUCAAAAGUAUUGAAGGCAGUGCUUCCCAUCUGGACUCAUCCUCAUUUUGCUGAAUGUAAUAUGGAGUUCAUUAGUGCAGUGUUCUCUAUCAUGAAGCAUGUUAUAUCUGGUAUUGAGGUUAGAAAUGCUAGUGGAACUGGCACACGGACUGCUGGCCCUCCUCCUGAUGAAUCAACUAUAUCAAUGAUUGUAGAAAUGGGUUUUUCCCGUGCCAGGGCUGAAGAGGCUCUCAGACAAGCAGGAACUAAUAGUGUUGAAAUAGCUACAGAUUGGCUUUUCUCUCACCCAGAAGAACCACAAGAAGAUGCUGAGCUUGCCCGGGCUCUAGCCAUGUCUCUUGGAAGUUCAGAUUCAUCUUCGAAGGAAGUUGAAGUGACAGAUGCUAAUAGUCUUGACAACGGAGAGGAAGCAACUCUGUUACCUGAUGUUGAUGACUUGUUGUUGAAUUGUUUGAGACUUUUAAAGGUAAAGGAGUCAUCAGCAUUUGCUGUUCGGGAUCUGCUUCUUAUGAUUUGUUCCCAAAGUGAUGGUCAAAACCGGUCAAAAGUUCUCAAUUUUGUCAUCAAUCAUGUGAAAAGUUGCACUAGCACCUCUAUUCAUGCCAGUGGCCCAACAUUAUCUUCCCUUUUUCAUCUACUUGCCUUGAUUCUUCAUGAAGAUAUAGCUGCACGAGAAGUUGCAGCCAAGGCAGGUUUGGUAAAAAUCUCUUUAGAUAUUCUCUCAGACUGGGAUCGGAGUUUGUAUGGUGAUCAAAAACUCCAUGUGCCAAAGUGGGUGACUGCAUGUUUUCUUUCCAUAGAUCGAAUGCUGCAGGUUGAACCAAAAUUGACUCCAGAGGCCCUUGAAUUAGAUCAGUUGAAGCAGAACAACUCUUCAACACGAACUCCUGUUUUGAUCGAUGAAACCAGAAAAAAAGAUUUUUCUUCUUCUUUAGGUCUUGUUUCUGGAGAUUUGGAUAAACAUGAUAAAAAAAGACUCCUGGAGAUAUUAUGCAGAUGUAUAAAGCACCAAUUGCCUUCUGAAACUAUGCAUGUGGCACUUCAGCUGUGUGCCACCCUAACUAAAGUUCAUUCUGUUGCUGUUAAUUUUCUUGAAUCUGGAGGUUUGCAUGCUUUGCUUAGUUUGCCAACUAGCAGUCUAUUUUCAGGGUUCAACACUGUGGCAACAGCAAUUAUCCGUCACAUUCUUGAAGAUCCUCACACACUGCAGCAAGCCAUGGAGCUAGAGAUCCGUCACUGUCUUGCGACAGCCACAAAUAGACAUUCAAAUUCUAGAUUGACGCCUCGUAAUUUUGUUCAGACUUUGGCCCUUGUCAUUGCCCGGGAUUCUACUGUAUUCAUGCAAGCUGCUCAGGCUGUCUGCCAGAUUGAAAUGGUAGGCGAUAGACCUUAUGUUGUUCUUCUAAAAGACCGUGAGAAAGAGAAAUCUAAGGACAAGGAGAAAGCAGCAGAGAAAGAGAAGCAGACAGUUACAGAAUCUAAGGGUACUUCUGGGGAUGUGAGCACAGUGGCUCCUAGCUGCGCUCACAGUAAAAUGCAAGAUUCAAGUACAAAAAAUGCCAAGAUCCAUAAAAAAUCGGCCCACAGUUUUACCAGUGUGAUUGAGCAUCUCUUGGAUGUACUUAUUGCAUUUACUCCUUCAAAAGUUGAUGAUACUUUCAGUGGCUCGCUUGGUACCUCGCCAUCAGAAAUGGACAUUGAUUCUAGUUUGGCUAAGGGUAAAGGAAAAGCAGUCGCACUUCCGUCUGAAGAUAGCAAAACUAUUAAUGAGGAAGCUUCAGCUUCUCUUGCCAAGGCUGUUUUUGUCCUGAAGUUGUUGACAGAAAUACUUUUGACUUACACGCCAUCCAUACAUGUUCUGCUUCGCAGGGAUGCUGAACUUAGUACCAGCCGUAGUUCUCUAAAAGGGCUACCUUUUAAUAGUGGUGGGGGAAUCUUUUAUCAUAUCAUUCACAGUUUCCUCCCAUAUCCGGGAAUCCAAAAGAAGGACAAGAAAGCUGAUGGAGAUUGGAGGCAAAAAUUAGCAACCAGAGCUAGCCAAUUUUUGGUGGCCUCUUCCGUUCGCUCUUCAGAAGGGCGUAAAAGAGUAUUUUGUGAGAUCAGCAACGUCUUUAAUGACUUUGUCAGUGUUGCUGGUGGUUGCAAAGCUCCUGAUUCAAGUAUGCAUUGUUUUGUUGAUCUGCUUAAUGAUAUUCUUUCUGCACGGUCACCUACGGGUUCUCAUAUUUCCGCAGAGGCAUCACUAACUUUUAUUGAUGUUGGUCUGGUUCACUCGCUGACUAGAACACUUGACGUUUUGGACUUGGAUCAUCCUGAUUCAUCAAAAAUAGUCACCGGAGUUGUCAAGGCAUUGGAACUGGUGACGAAAGAAUAUGUUCAUUCAGCUGAUAAUGAUUCUUCUAAGGGUGGCACUUCAUUGAAUCAUACUUCUGAUCAAAUUCAAGGAGAUUCUUCUAAUAAUGAUGGAGAUAGAUUCCAGUCGUUAGAAACUAUUUUGCAGCCUGAACGUAGUGAAGCAGCUGUGGAGCAUAUGGAGCCUUUUGAUUCAGUUCAUACUUCUAGAAGCUCUGAUGAUAUGGAUCACGAACGGGAUAUGGAUGGAAAUUUUGCACGUGAAACAGAGGAUGAUUUUAUGCAUGAAACUUCCGAGGAUGGUGGGGUCUUAGAGAAUGGCAUUUCAACUGUUGAAAUUACGUUUGAACUGCCACACAAUGCUGGUGAUGAUGUUGGCGACGAAGAUGAGGAUGAGGAUAUGUCUGAAGAUGAUGAUGGGGAUGAAGUUGAGGACGAUGAAGAUGAAGAUGAAGAUGAGGAUGAGGAUGAGAAUAAUGAUUUGGAGGAAGAUGAUGUCCAGAUGAUGCAUCCUGACACUGAUCAUGAUGACCAUGAGAUUGACGAAGAAUUUGAUGAGGAUGUUUUGGAGGAAGAAGAGGAGGAUGAUGAAGAUGAUGGUGUUAUACUGAGGUUAGAAGAGGGUGUUAAUGGGAUGAAUGUGUUUGAUCACAUUGAGGUUUUCAGUGGCGGCAAUAGUUUUCCUCGUGGAACACUUCUUCUUGGAAGACGCCAAGAGUUCGUUUCAUCAUCGUCUAAUCGCUUGGGUAGAGCCAAUGACCAUAGUGUUAACCCAGAACACCCACUGUUGGAAGAACCAUCUUCGUUAUUGGCUCAUCGAAGAAACUCUGAAAAUACUGUAGAUAUGGCUUUCUCAGAUAGGCGUCAGGAUAAUAAUUCAUCACGUAUGGAUGCUAUUUUCCGAACAUUGCGGAGUGGAAGGCACGGUCAUCGUUUCAGCAUGUGGUUGGAUGAUAACCAUCAUCGUAGCAACUCUAGUGUGCCUUCAGUUCCAGAAGGCAUAGAGGAGUUACUAAUAUCCCGGUUGAGGCGUCCCACUGCAGAUCAACCUUCAACUCAGGAUGAAUCUCUAUCUCUACCUCAAGGAAAGGAUGUGCCCCAUCAGUUGGAGAAUUCAGAAUCUGGCGCAGGAGAAGCACCUGCAAUGGAAAGUGGAAAUAACGGCAAUAUGAUAGUCUCAUCACCUGUUUCACUGGUAGAUUUUUCGGGAAAUGCUCAUGAUGGAUCUGGUGCUACAGAUAUAAACCAAGAAAGAGAAACAUCUGGUACAAAUGAACAAGUUAGUGAUAUGCAAUAUGAGCGCAGUGAUGCAGUUGUGCGAGACGUGGAGGCUGUGAGCCAAGCGAGCAGUGGGAGCGGAGCCACCUUAGGAGAAAGUCUUCGGAGCUUGGAAGUGGAAAUAGGAAGUGUGGAUGGUCAUGAUGACGGUGAACGUCAAGGACCAACUGAGAGGAUUCCUUUAGGUGAUUUGCAGCCAGCCAAUAGGGCAAGAAGAUCAUCAGGGAUCACUGCGCCUGUAAUUGGCAGAGAUGCAUCUUUGGAAUGUGUUAGUGAGAUUCCACAACAUCCUCAGGAAGCUGAUCAAAAUGCUUUGCAGGAGGAGAACCAACUUAACAGAACUGUAGAUUCAGAAUCAAUUGAUCCUACAUUCUUAGAGGCUCUUCCUGAGGAAUUACGAGCUGAAGUACUUUCUUCACGGCAGAAUCAGGUAGGUCAGACAUCAGGUGAGCAAUCUCAAGCAGAUGGAGAUAUUGAUCCUGAAUUUCUUGCUGCUUUGCCACCUGAUAUCCGGGAAGAAGUACUAGCACAACAGCGUGCACAACGUCGGAGUCAGUCUCAUGAAUUGGAAGGGCAACCUGUGGAAAUGGAUGCAGUUUCAAUAAUUGCUACUUUUCCCUCAGAAAUACGUGAAGAGGUGCUUCUGACCUCUCCUGAUACUCUAUUGGCCACUCUAACACCUGCACUUGUUGCCGAAGCCAAUAUGCUACGUGAGAGGUUUGCACAUAGGUAUCAUAGUAGUGCACUCCUUGGUAUGCAGUCUAGAUCUAGGCGUGGUGAGUCCUCUAGACGUGGUGACCUGGUUGGAUCGAACACGGAACGGAAUGCUGUUGAGUCUGUUUCACGCAGGUCUGCAGUUAAUAAACUUCUUGAAGCAGCUGGAGCCCCGUUAGUGGACACAGUUGCCCUGAAAGCCUUGGUUAGGUUACUUCGUGUUGUUCAGCCCCUCUAUAAAGGUCAAUUUCAGAGGCUUCUCUUAAAUCUGUGUGCCCAUCAGAAAACCAGAACAUCUUUGGUGCAAAUUCUGAUGGAUAUGCUGAUGCUUGACUUGCGAGGAUCAAAUAAUCUUACAGCCGAUGACAUUGAUCCACCAUUUCGUCUGUUUGGCUGCCAGAGCUAUAUUAUGUAUUCACGGCCUCAAUUCUCAGAUGGGGUGCCACCUCUUGUUUCUCGACGUCUUCUAGAAACUCUGACAUUCUUGGCCCGGAACCAUCAAUAUGUGGCAAAACUCUUACUUCAUCAUGAGGUGUCAGGUCCGAGAGCAUCCGAAGUCGGCAAAUCCAAUCAAGAUCGUGGCAAAGCUAUCAUGGAAGAAGAUAAACCUGAAGACAUCAUUGGGAAGAGAGACUUUUCCAUUGUUGUGCUGCUUAGGCUGUUGAAUCAGCCAUUAUAUAUGAGGAGUGUAGCUCAUCUUGAGCAGCUCUUAAAUCUUCUUGAAGUCAUCAUGAUCCAUGCGGAGGGUGAUGCUGUUCUUCCCAAACAAUCGGCAGGGCCUUCUGAGCAACCAUUGAUCUCAGAGGGUGCCAUGCAAGAUAUACAUGUGAAUAACGAUGCACCUUCUGUGCAACCAUCUGGUUUAGCGAGUAGCACACAGAAGGUGCAGGUUGAUAGUGCUUCUGCUUCUGCUGCUAUUGGGGAUGGGUGCUCUUCGAAGGUUGAUAACAGUGAGCAGGAUCCACGUGCUGUUCUUCUUGGUCUUCCACAGACGGAACUCCAGCUUCUGUGCUCUUUGUUGGCUCGAGAAGGGCUGUCAGAUAAUGCAUAUGUUCUUGUGGCUGAGGUUUUGAAAAGGCUAGUUGCAGUUGUUCCAACUUUUUGUCAUCUGUUUAUAGUGGAGCUAGCAAAGUCAAUGCAUAACUUGGUUUCAUCUGGAAUGAAUGAGCUGCAUCUUUAUGGAGAUGCUGAGAAGGCACUUCUUGCCUCCUCAUCCUCCAGUGGGACUGCCAUCUUAAGGGUUUUGCAGGCAUUGAGCUCUUUAGUUUCUGCAUUGCAUGACAAGAAGGAUCCCCAGCUCCUAUCUGAAAAAGAAUAUGCAAAUGCUCUUUCACAGGUGUUAGAUAUAAAUGCAUCAUUGGAAUCUCUAUGGUUGGAACUCAGCAGCUGUAUUAGCAAACUCGAGACUUCAUCUGAAUCCACUGCGGAUGUGGAUGUAAUUGCGGGAAACUCUGCAUUGACAAAUGCGGGCUCAUCAUCUCCGCUUCCAGCCGGUACUCAGAACAUUUUGCCCUAUAUUGAGUCUUUCUUUGUUACAUGCGAAAAGCUGCAUCCUGGGCAAUCGGAUGUAAAUCAAGAUUUUGCAGCUGUGACAAACUCUGACCUAGAUGAUGCUUCUACCAGUGGUCAAAAAGCAAGUGGGUUUUCCCUGAAAGUUGAUGAAAAGUUGAAUGCUUUUGUUAAGUUCUCUGAGAAGCAUAGGAAGUUGUUGAAUUCCUUUAUUCGCCAAAAUCCUGGACUACUUGAGAAGUCAUUUUCUCUCAUGCUGAAAGUACCUCGCUUUAUUGACUUUGACAACAAAAGAGCUCACUUUCGUUCAAAAAUUAAGCACCAACAUGAUCAUCAUCAUCCUUCGGUGAGAGUUUCAGUCAGAAGAGCCUACAUUCUUGAAGAUUCUUAUAAUCAGCUACGGAUGCGACCGCCUCAGGAUUUGAAAAGCAGGCUCACUGUUCAUUUCCAGGGGGAGGAGGGUAUUGAUGCUGGAGGCCUAACAAGGGAAUGGUAUCAACUUUUGUCCCGUGUUAUUUUUGACAAAAAUGCCUUGCUUUUCACAACUGUGGGUAAUGACUCAACCUUCCAGCCAAAUCCCAACUCUGUUUAUCAAACAGAGCAUCUCUCUUACUUCAAGUUUGUUGGUCGAGUGGUUGGUAAGGCUUUGUUUGAUGGUCAACUUUUAGAUGUCCAUUUCACUCGAUCUUUCUACAAACACAUGCUGGGGGUGAAAGUCACCUAUCAUGAUAUUGAAGCUAUAGAUCCUGGUUAUUACAAAAAUUUGAAGUGGAUGCUGGAGAAUGAUAUAAGUGAUGUUUUGGAUCUCACUUUUACCAUGGACGCUGAUGAAGAGAAGCUGAUAUUAUAUGAGAGGGCAGAGGUUACCGACUGUGAGUUGAUUCCUGGUGGUCGAAAUAUUAGAGUUACUGAAGAAAACAAGCGUGAGUAUGUUGACUGUGUUGUGGAACAUCGCCUUACAACAGCUAUUAGGCCGCAAAUAAAUGCAUUUUUGGAAGGAUUUAAUGAAUUGAUAUCUCGUGAUCUAAUAUCCAUCUUUAAUGAUAAAGAGUUGGAGUUAUUGAUUAGUGGCCUUCCUGAUAUUGAUUUGGAUGACUUGAGAGCAAAUACAGAAUAUUCUGGUUAUAGUAAUGCAUCACCAAUCAUUCAAUGGUUUUGGGAGGUGCUUCUGGCUUUCAGCAAGGAGGACAAAGCACGAUUCCUUCAGUUUGUGACUGGCACCUCGAAGGUUCCUUUGGAAGGAUUUAGUGCAUUACAAGGCAUAUCGGGUCCUCAGAGAUUUCAAAUCCACAAGGCCUAUGGCAGCACUAAUCACCUGCCUUCAGCACACACAUGCUUCAAUCAGCUCGAUUUGCCUGAGUAUUCUGCCAAAGAACAGCUACAGGAGAGGUUGCUAUUGGCCAUUCAUGAAGGGAGUGAGGGAUUUGGAUUCGGUUAAGUUUCAGCGGGCAUCAGCGAGCUGCUCGACUCUGUACAUAAAGUAUAGGAUGCAAGCAAGAAUGAUUCAGAAGAGGUCAUCAUAAUGGAAUCCCUAAAACAAUCUAACCGACCCUCUCUCUCUAUUUUUUCGAAGAAACAAAAGGGUUUUUUGUGGGAGGUUGGAGCAGCAGGCUUCAAUCAUGACCAGCAUUCAUAGUGUGUUCUGAUUGCAUUGAAGGGUUGGGAUUCUUGGAUCAAGUGGCAGGCUUCAAGACCUUGAUGCUCUGUUUGGGUAUCAGCACAUAUAUUUACAUACAUUGCUUUUAUGUAAAUGUUAUAAUCUUGAUUUUGGUUAAUAUCAUUGUAGACCUUGCUUGUCCUUUACUUUAUGUCAUUAAUAACAUUGUGCUUGAACAAUUUUCAGCCUAGAUGAUGAUUUUAGCGAACGUAUGGAAUUCUUUUUACUAUUCA